AUGAAUGUCGACUCACGUGCCAUCGCUUCCGUUACCGACAUCACUGGACUACCCGUCCUCAGAGACUUCGGGUUUGAGUCGCGAAAUCUUCUUACUCUUUACAUUCUCACCAGUUGUUAUAUUUUGACAUGCAAAAGACCCCACAAAGCAGAAAUCAUGGCAGAGCGCAAGCUUAUAAUCCAUGAUGGCCAGCCUGAAGAUUUUCAACUUGCUGUCACUGCAGUCCUGGAACUGAUCGAAAGCCGUUGUGAAAAACAGGAAAGUCUUCUACAAAAUUGCAAAUGCCUGAUUCUAUUCCCAUCUUCCUACUUUGGCUACAAACAGAAAGACAUAACUUUCGUCCAACUUUUGAAUCUCGUUCUUGAGAAGAAAGAGGAUAAGCUUACGUAUGAUCAUCUCUGGAAGGUAUCCGAUGGUUUUGCUCUUGUGCAAGAUCGUAUCUCGCUCAUUACCAAACCUGGAGAGAAGUUGUUCAAUGGCCGAACCAUCACUUUGUUGGAUCAUGGCCUACAUGACUCCUGUAGACGUCGUCUGCACUAUAAAUUGAGCUCGAAUGUGGCAAUUUGUAAUCAGGAAUUAUCACCACCCAGAAACAGCAACCAAGUAGGAAUUGACAAAUUUUCUGAUUCUUCGUUGUCCUCUUCGUUGUCAGACACCCUCGAUGGUGAAAAAGGCGGCAAAAACACCCCAGUUGAUAACUGCAGGCUGUCUUCAGAUUGUUUAAUGGAUUUUGACGACCCGCCUCGUAAUAUACCUGCUCUAGAAGCUAAAAAGCUCAUCAAAAUCAAAGAGGGAGCUAAUCAAUCUCGCGAAGCUCACCUCGAUAAAAUUGAACGAGAUAUCACUGCACGUGUCGCAGGGCUGCAAGCCCGGGAGUCGGACAUUGAUUUCCAUGAGCAAGAACUUAACACACGCAUUUCAGCAGUUUUGACGAGGGAGAAUGACGCUCUCGAAAUCGACCUCGAGGAAAGAGAAUAUGAUCUGGAUCAGCGAGAAUAUAGCGUUGAACAGGGGGAAACUGCCAAUGCGGAAUUCGAGGAAAUUACAAGAACUAAAAUUACUGCAGGACUCAAGUGUCGAAUUCUUGAUGCCGAGUCACUCGAAGAGUCCAUUGCAAUUCGCAACGCAGCACUAAAAGAACGCGAAGAGAGACUCGACGAACGAGAACAACUUGCGGUGGUUGAUAGAAAAGUAUUGGAGGUGGAGUGUGCAAAAGCCGCGAGUCGUAUGGAUGAGAUCAAGAUACACAAGGAUAUGGUCAAGGGUGCUGAAGCUUUGUUUCAAUCUCGCGAGAAAGCUCACGAGAAGAUCAGAGACGAGUUCGAAGCUAGAGAAACUCUGCUCGGAGUAAGAGAAGCUGCGAUCAAACUCAGAAAAGAUAAUGCUAAGGAAAAUCAUUUUGCAUUUUUUCAAAAAUCCUACAGGUCUAUUUUACACGGCUCUAGGGCUUGUUGA